AUGUACAGCUUCAAUACUCUUCGACUCUACCUUUGGGAGACCAUUGUAUUCUUCAGCCUUGCUGCGUCCAAGGAGGCUGAAGCUGCCCGCUCCGCGCCCAAGCCUAUGUCACCCUCGGAUUUCCUGGAUAAGCUAAUGGGGAGAACCUCUGGAUAUGAUGCCAGGAUCAGGCCCAACUUUAAAGGUCCCCCAGUGAACGUGAGCUGCAACAUUUUCAUCAACAGCUUCGGUUCCAUUGCAGAGACAACUAUGGACUACAGGGUCAACAUCUUCCUGCGGCAGCAGUGGAACGACCCCCGGCUGGCCUACAAUGAAUACCCGGAUGACUCUCUGGACCUGGACCCGUCCAUGCUGGAUUCCAUCUGGAAACCCGACCUGUUCUUUGCCAACGAGAAGGGGGCUCACUUCCACGAGAUCACCACCGACAACAAACUGCUGAGGAUCUCCCGGAACGGAAAUGUCCUCUACAGUAUUAGAAUCACACUAACACUGGCCUGCCCCAUGGACUUGAAGAAUUUCCCCAUGGACGUCCAGACGUGCAUCAUGCAAUUGGAAAGCUUUGGCUAUACCAUGAAUGACCUGAUCUUCGAGUGGCAGGAGCAGGGAGCUGUGCAGGUGGCAGAUGGACUAACUCUACCGCAGUUUAUCCUGAAAGAGGAGAAGGACCUGAGAUACUGCACGAAGCAUUAUAACACAGGUAAAUUCACCUGCAUCGAGGCCCGGUUCCACCUGGAGCGACAGAUGGGCUACUACCUGAUCCAGAUGUACAUUCCCAGCCUGCUCAUUGUCAUCCUCUCAUGGAUCUCCUUCUGGAUCAACAUGGACGCCGCACCAGCCCGCGUGGGCCUGGGCAUCACCACCGUGCUCACCAUGACCACCCAGAGCUCUGGCUCCCGAGCAUCCCUGCCCAAGGUGUCCUAUGUGAAAGCCAUUGACAUUUGGAUGGCGGUGUGCCUGCUCUUCGUGUUCUCAGCCCUCCUGGAGUACGCUGCUGUCAACUUCGUGUCUCGACAGCACAAAGAGCUGCUGCGGUUCAGGAGGAAGCGAAGACAUCACAAGAGCCCCAUGAUGAAUCUGUUCCAGGAGGAUGAGGCCGGAGAGGGCCGCUUCAACUUCUCUGCCUACGGGAUGGGCCCAGCCUGUCUGCAGGGCAAAGAUGGCAUCUCUGUUAAAGGCGCCAACAACAACACCACCACCAACCCUCCUCCGGCACCAUCUAAGUCCCCAGAGGAGAUGCGAAAACUCUUCAUCCAGAGGGCCAAGAAGAUUGACAAAAUAUCCCGCAUUGGCUUCCCCAUGGCCUUCCUCAUCUUCAACAUGUUCUACUGGAUCAUCUACAAGAUUGUCCGCAGGGAGGAUGUCCACAACCAGUGA